GAGUGUGUAGAUCCCUGGUGCUAUACCACUACCCCACAUUAGUAUUUCCAAGUAUAAUUUUAGUGGUUGAACAGAAUACUAGAAACUUUCGUUGAUAUCCUAUUUGUAAAUUGCUGUGAUAUUUAAACGAAAUUUUUCUAAGAAAGUUCUGCCAAUUUUUUUCAAUCAACUAUAUUGGAAUUCAUCAUCUAUUUGAGAAAGAUACAAACUAUGAACACUCAUUUGCUGUUUCAUCUCAAGACUCAUGAAAAACCAAUUACCUUACAACAUUGAUAAAUAAAAGAAAAUUAAUUUAAAAUGAACUAAUAGAAGUAUAAAAAUUGUUCCUUGCAAAAAUGUCUGUAUUUAAAAGUGUCGAGGGACUAACAGCUAAAAAUCAAGCACUACUUCAUUCUGCCGCAAAAAGUGGCGAUACAACAUUAUUGCAACAUUUAUUGGAAAAAGGUGUUUCCGUACAUACACAAUGUCCAAAAGGUUUCACACCACUUCAUUAUGCCGUCAUGUCAAAAAAUACAACAAACAUUGAACUUCUUCUAAAAAAGGGAGCUUCAAUUUAUUUUCCCGAUCAACAAGGUAAAACAGCACUCGAUUUAGCUGUCGAUAAUUAUUCAUCAGCAAAUUGUGAAUUAACUCCAAAAAGUGCAAUACUAAUACUUCUCUUGAGUUACACAUUACUCGAUGAGGAAACAACGUCAACAUUCACAUUUUUAGCUGUCGAAAAAAAUGAUGAGGAAUUAUUGAAAUUUUUUUUAAAAAAAGAUCCCGCGACACGUAUACAUUCGACAUUUCAAGAUAAUCGUUCAUUACUACACGUUGCCGCCGAAUCAAAUCAUCCAGGAUUAAUAAAAGUUCUACUUGAACACGGCGCGGAUAUUAAUGCGAAAACAUUUAGCGGUGAAACAGCACUCCAUUUAGCGGCAGCUGCUGGUAAUGUUGAGGUGGCGAAAAAAUUAAUAUACAGUGGCUUAGCAGUUGAUUGCAUUGAUAAUAAUGGAAGUAUUCCACUUCAUUACGCGAUAAGAAAUAAUCGAAGAAGUAUAAUUUUACUAUUAACAAAUUUACCAAAAUCACUAAUUAAUCGAUUGAAUAGCUCUUCGUUAAAUCCAACAUUACUUCAUUAUGCGGUGAUAAAAAAUGAUGAGGAAUUUUUUAAUUUAGCAUUAAAAAAUAGUAGUGUUGACUUAAAUGCAAAGACAAAAGAUGGAGAAACGCCAUUGCAUUUUGCAAUUAUUUACAAUCGUUUGAAAUUAAUUUACGAACUCGUUAAACGUGGCGCUGAUGUUAAUGCUCAAUCGACAAAUGGCGAGACGCCGUUACAUUUUGCUGCUGCAUUAGGACAAGCACAUUCCGUUGAAUUUUUAUUGAGAAAAGCAGCUGAUGUCAAUAGUUUCACAACGUCUGGAUCGACACCUCUACAUUAUGCAUUGGACAGAGACAGAUGCAACGACAUUGUUGGCGGAUACAAUAGACCACUUUCAUUGUUAGAUGAUUUAAAACCAAGGUACACGAUUGUUAAAACACUUCUUAAUAAUCAAGCGGUUGCCAAUUUUCGCGAUCAUUCUGGUAAAACUCCCUUACACUAUGCAAUGGCAAUGAAUGUGAAUUCAAAAAAUAAUAUCAAACAUCGAAUAGACACGAUUCGAUGUCUCGUGAUUCAUGGUGCAGACGUGAACGCUCUUUGUAACAAAAAUUGUACGCCGUUAUUUUUUGGUUUCGAUGCAAUGGAUGAAAAGUUAUUAUGGUGGCUUAUAAGACGCGGUGCAAACGUAACGAAUAAUCAUACAAACGUUGAUUCAUUUCUUUCAAAAGCAAUAAAAUUCAAAAAUUUAAAAAUGAUUGACGUCCUCUUGGAAGCGGGUGUUAAAGUAACGUCGCGUAAUAUUUUUGAAGCAUCAUUUUCCAAUGAAAUUGAUAAGGGUAAUUAUUUUGAAAUUCUUGAAUUAUUAACAAAUCGUACCAAUGAUGUUAAAUCGGUGAUAACAAAAUUAAGUCAAUUUCUUGAUUCUGAAUGGCAAUUGAAAAUAAAUGAUAGAGAAGAUAUUAUGAAUAAAUUAUCGGCUAUUUUAAUACGCAGGGAAUUAAAUGGUGAAAUAAUAAUAAAACAAGAUGAUUUUGAAUUAGAUAAAAUAUCGGAGAGAAAUGUACGUAAUCGUUUAGCGAUAUGUCGGGAACAAAUUUUUAAAAUGAAAAAAAUUAACAUCAAUCAAGAUGGUUUAACAUUGUAUAAAGUUUUUAUGGCAUCGAUUAAUCAACUUUCGCACUAUGUACAAAAUCAGGAUUUAAAAAGUUAUUUACAUAGCGAUAGUUUUACCCUUAAUUUUUCACAUUGUUGGAAUUUAAUGCAGAGUCGUUAUAAAAAAGCGCGUAUUAAGAAAAUUUUACUUGAUUUUAGCGCUGAUUCUUUAUUAAAUUUAGUUAAUAAAGCGCAUAAAAUUCAAUUGCCACUUUCAACGAGUAAUCAAAUUGUACAGUAUUUAAGUAUGGUUGAUUUAACACAUCUAAUGCAAUUUAGAUGUUCUCAAAGUCCAACGACAAAAAUAAUUAUUAAAAAUUAAAAUUAUUUUUUUUCCAUCGCAAAGAGGAUUUGAAAUUUUGGGAAUAAUUUUAUUUUUGAUAAUAAUAAAAAAUUAAAAGCUUCCCCUGUGGUUUACAAUUUAGAAACUUUAAAUUAAUCAUGUUUGCGAGUUGUUGAUGAAACUCUGCCUUAAUUUAUUUAUUUUCUUUAUUUAUUCUUAUAAAGGGUUUACAUCAUUUUUGAGGGUCUAUUUUUAUAUAGCUUUAUUAAGGAAAAAUACUCAGAAGAGGGGAAAAAUUAAGUUUUUUUUUCAAUUGAAAAUGAAGAAACUUUUGCAUAAUAUUAAGCAAGAUCAUAAUGGCUUUUAA